AUGGACGACAUCGACGAUCAACAGGCGAUGGAUGCCUGUCCGAUUGACCUCUCCACGAAGAAGCUCGAUCAGACGCUGUUUGGCGGCGAUCAACGAGCACGACUUCUCGAAUCGCUUGCCAGUCUCACUUCUCCUCAGAACAUUCUGUCGCUAUGUGCUCAUCUGGCAGCUAGUCGCGAUACAGCAAGAUCGACAGCUCCUUCUGAAACGUCCACGGUCGCGCUGGAGACAUCCGUGCCUUCUGCACCGCUCUCGCUGGAAUGUCCUGCUACGGGUUGUGAUCAGACGUAUCCGUCGCGUGGCGCUCUUUUGUGGCAUGUCAUGGAGAAGCAUUCAAACGAGAAACUUCUGCGAUGCAGCCACUGCGGCAUUCGUUUCGGCGAUCGAGACCAGAUUCGCGAACACGACUGCACAUCAGCCCUCCCUCGUGCUUCCUCGGCAGGCUGUAGUCGAUCGUCCGCGGCCAGUCCGGAUGCCGAUCGUGGAUCUGUGCCAGCAGUGGCUGGACCUUCCUUCUCCCUUGUGGAGAAGACCCGAAAUGCCCCUCCACCACCAGCUAUAUUUGGGCAAUUUUUCCCACAACGGCAAGGUGGAUUCCUUUGCUCACCGCCUGCUAAUCUGUUUCCGCUCUCAGUUCCUCCACCAUUUACGAUCCAAAACACGCAUCCUCCUCAUCCAUUCUUCAUGCGACCACCGUUCGAACCUCGUCCUGAUCUUUUCGGCCAACGGCCUGAUGUGAGCACGGAAGAUGACUGGGAAGCGCUAAUGGAGAUAUCGACCAGCGAUGAAGCCGAGAAGAUCCGAGCCCUGGUCGGCGACAAAGCGAUGCCAACAACCGACCCGAAUCAGUGCAUUCUCUGCAGGAGAGUGUUGUCGUGCAAAAGUGCGCUACAAAUGCAUUACCGUACUCAUACCGGUGAACGUCCGUUCAAGUGCAAAAUAUGUCAGCGUGCUUUCACAACGAAAGGCAACUUGAAGACACAUAUGGGUGUACAUCGAGCGAAGCACUCGUUUCGUGGCGUUCCGAUCGGCUUGGGAGGCCCCAUGGGUAACCCGAUGGCGGCUCCAAUGGCUGGACUCAACGGAUUUCCACCUCCGCUGCAGCAAACGCAACAAUGUCCCAUUUGUCAAAAGAGGUUCAUGAACGGCAUGCAACUGCAAAGUCAUAUCUCGGAGCACACUCAGGCACUUACUGGCAGGCAUUUACCGCCACCGUCUCCAUCCACACCAAAACUCCUACCACAUUCAAGGGCUGGUCCGUUUUCAUCACCUUUUCCGCCGCUGUUCCCCUUUUUCAAUCCAGCAGCGCAAAACGGAGCGCCGGCUCCGUUCAACCUCGCACAACUGCUUGGGACUCAGCUUGAUCAAAGGCGGGACGAGGAGUCUGGCACAGAGUCCAAGGAAGAGCAA